AUGAAGUACCCUCUAGUGCCACUGGUGAACGACCUCACCUUUCCUUUUCUGCUUUUCUGGCUCUGCCUGCCGGUGGGCUUGCUGCUGUUCCUGCUGACUGUCUGGCUGCACUUCUUACUCAGCCGAGGUGGCCUGGGCUAA